AUGGGUGAAAUUGAAACUCUCGCGAACCAACUGGAAGUUGAUAUUCUCAAGCAGCAACGGGAAGAAGUUUUUGCUGAGAAGAAACACCUCGAGGGCAGGGUUCACGGUGUGAUGAUGAAUCUGUCCAAGCUUCAGGUUGAAGGCAUUAAAGAAUAUAAUAGAUUAUCCGAGCAAUUAGAUCAGUUGAAGGCCGAAGGUGAAAAAGAUAAGCUUAGCUUAUUGAAGAAAAUUGAAGUAUUGAAUGGUAGGUUGGAAAAGGGAAGAGCCAAGCGGACUGCAGCGGCAGCAUUAUUCUCUCAAUCCAUGGAUACUGAUAUGAAGAAAAUGCAACAGUGGUCUGAAUCCAAAAUUUCAGGGCUGCAAAUUAUGCUUGAAGAGUCCGAUGGUGCCUUGAGCAAUGUGAAAACUCGACUUAAAGAGACGGAAGAUCUAUAUGGGACGAGGAAAUUAGAUUGCGAAGAAAGACUUCCUAGCAAGGUUACCUACCUCGAGGGAAAAUUGGCUGAUAUAUCUCAGCGCUUAAAGGAUUCCGAAGAUGAGAAGAAGGCCCUUUAUGGGCGAGUAAGUACACUCGAGGAGGAUCUCUCGCGGGCAAGAAGGGGGAGAUGA